CCUCGGGCAAAUUGUGCCCGUUUACAUCGACUCAUUCAACUGAAAAAUGGUACAGAUCGCACUGCUAGAAAGAGUGAGGAAUUAUGAUCGGAUUGUGUGUAUACUUAAAUCAUUGCCGCAAGCACCCAUUCUCGCUCUUUAAACGCGUUUUUCCUUUGAUAUUGAUAGUCGGAGUAUCGGUUUUAAUAUGUCUGAAAGGCCGAAUUCAUCCAAGAAGCCAUUCAUCGAAAUUCAUGGGAUUGCAAAUUAUCACUGAUUCGUAUUCGACGUAUUCCUCAACUCUUUCCAAUGGAACUAAGCUUAAAUGGGGAAGAGCUCUGAAACAUAGAUGGAAAGAAAUUUAUGGCGAAGAAAAUUGCGAAGAUGAUCUCCAAAAGCGUAAACUGUUAGUAACUCUUUUACGAACGUGGAAUCUGAUUGCAUCUCAUCACAAUAUAACAUAUUCUUUAAUGUACGGUUCCCUUCUUGGCGUAGAGCGAACAGCGGAUAUUUUGCCAUGGGACCACGAUUUAGAUAUCAUGGUUAGCUACGAUGGUAUUUUGAAGCUCGAACGAAUAGCAAAUAUAUGCGACCCUCGAGGUCAUUUUGACAUAAAUGACGGAUUACCUCAUUUAGUUGUCUUACCAAACUCCGAGCACAAUGUCUUUAUGGAUGAUAGACGAAGAUUUGAUUGUGCUGGCAAGGAAGUAGCCAAGCUGGUGGACGCAUGCUCCAUCCAAGAACCACUAGCCAGACUUAUUGCAGGCUCAGUAUUCAUGGACUUUUAUCACUACACAGAGAAGGAGGAUAAUCUGAUUUCAGUGCCAGAAGGAAAAACUGUCACUUACGCCAAGAGGGACGUAUUCCCCUUGAAGGAGUGCUUUUUAAUGGGCGUCAAGUCCUGGUGCCCAAAAGACCCCAUCCGGGUAUUAGAGACUUGGUACGGGAAAGGCCGGCUUGGCUCCCAUAAGAGCUGUCAAUCAGGGGAGUGGGUGGAGCUAAUCACGAUGGUCAAACCCAAGAGAUAAGCCUUUUCUAACUGGCCGAACUCUGCCUUAACGGUUAAUGUUUCACGUCCUCCUAUCGGCGUGCCUCUCUCUAGACGGGGCGGUCGGUCGUCUGCUUCCCGCGACUUACUAUCGGCAAAUUAUUUGAAGCCAGCGUUCUACAAGCCUGUGGUACCCAGGGUACAGUGUGGUCACAUUCGAUCAACACACUUAUGUAAUUUAGUCUAAAGACGAUGGGUAUCGUAGUGUAUAAGUAACACAAGCGAUGAACGUAGACUAUAAGUAACGCAAGUAAUGCACGUAGAUUUAGUAAGUAACGCAAGGGGUGUACGUAGACCCAGCGAGUAACGCAAGCGAUGUUCGUAGACCCAGCGAGUAACGCAAGUGAUAAAGGAAGACUUAGUAAGUAACGCAAGGGAUGUACGUAGAAUUCGUAAGUACAUAAGGGAUUUGGGAAGCCUUAAUGAGUAACGCAAGCGAUGUACGUAGACCCAGCGAGUAACGCAAGGGAUGUAAGUAGUCCCAUAGGGAGUAACGCAAGGGAUGUGCGUAGGCUCACAUGCUUUACGACUUACAGGUAAUGCUUGUUUACUAGUUCCAAUAGGCUAAACUUUACUUUCCUUUUAUCAUUUUUAACCGUUGCACAAUGAUGACAACAAGAACAACGUCUCCCGUCCUUAUAGUUAAGCUGGCUAUGGUCAUAAAUCAUUUUUGUCCCUUGAAUAGUAUUAAAGCGACAUACGUCACUGUUCUCUUUAAAGAAGAACAGUAAAUGAUGGAAUGUCACAAGAGGUCUCAAGGCUUGGGGUGCACUGGAAUAUUAUCAACCUUUUUAUGUCUUGUUAUCGCACUAAGACCGACCUUGUUACGAUAAAAGUCUUUUAGGCGCAUUACAAUCACUACUUACUUCACCACAUCUCAUAGGAGUUACCUUAACAACAUGGAAAUCAGGGGCGUACCCACGAAUUUACGGGGAUGUGGGGGAGAGAUGAAUAGUCAUAUGAAACAUUUGGUAGAAGGAUAGUAUUUGAAGAUCCUUCAAAAAGAAAUGACCCACUUUUUCGCGUCAAAUCGAGGUACGAACGCAUCCCCCCCAUUCCACCACCACCACCUUAACUGUGGAAUUGGACGCUUGGAGGGGACUUGCUUAAGCUUCACGGACAACUUAAAGUUGACAACUUUAAUUGUUUGUGUACAUACACCGUCUACACUAGCAACAUUCAGUCGACAAUUAAAGUGGGCCGUUUUCACAAGAGAACUUAGGGAAAUACCUAGUUGAUGGGAAAUACCCAGUUGAUUUUACACAACUACGCAAUAUCGUCGUUUACACGUCUACCAGGCCAACCUUACCCAACGUUUCUUGUACAACUCUACUUAUUGUGUACACAACAUCUGCACGAGCAACUUAAGUUCUUAAUAAAAGGUGUUCACAAGAA